GUUGCUAUUUCCCGAAGUACUGCAAGGAGUUAGCGCAGCAGCUGGGCAUCGGUGGCUGGGUUAAAAACACGAAGAAAGGCACGAUCGUCGGGAAACUGCAGGGGACGAAAGCGCAACUAGACCACAUGAUCAACUGGUUAAGUACAACGGGCUCUCCAGGGUGCAAGAUAGAGAAAUGCGACCUCACAAACUGGGAGUACGUGGCUAGAAUAGCGUACACUGAUUUCAGUAUACGAUUCUGACUAAUAACAAUGAAUGUCAAAAAUAUG